AUUAAAUUGAAUCUCAGGCGGCCAACUAAGGUAGGAGACACGGUCAUACUCAACUCUGUCGACAAUCUCAAUUCUCGACUCAGACAGGACUCGGGCCAGCCACUCAGCCCGCCACUCCGCUAGCCCAGGACACCGGCGAUUCAGCGACGCCGGAGAAACCGACGCCGGGAACUCCGACGCAGCGCGCCUUGCCGGGAGGCCACCCUCUUGGCCUAUUUCAACUCCAAGUAUCUCUGCAAUUUUAAUUUUUAAGGUAGACACUCUGGCUUCCUCAGCAAAUGAACAGUGAAAUAUAUUGACCCAGCUCCCUUUAAUUCUUUGUUCAAACUAGAGACAUAAAGAUAUGCUAGGGUUUUCAUACGGAGAGUUGUUGCUAUUGCUUGGAGCUACUGCUGCUUUAAUUGGACCUAAGGACCUUCCAGUCAUAGCAAGAACUGCUGGGAGGUUAUCUGGCCGUGCUAUUGGCUAUGUUCAAAUGGCCCGUGGUCAAUUUGAGAGUGUCAUGCAGCAAACUCAAGCUCGACAGGUCCAUAAAGAGCUACAAGAUACAAUUGCUCAAUUAGAAGCCAUACGACAUGAAAUCCGAACCAUUUCUUUCGUGAAUCCGGGUCCAUUAACCACAAGGCUAGUUGAUAACAUAAAAGGCCACCCUCUCACUGCUGGUGCUGGUACAUCGGUGGAAAAUGGACCUGAAAAGUCUGAAAGUAAGGAAACAGCGGUCAGUAAUACGCCCAAGAAUUGUAACUUUAAGCCCUCGACCUGUUCUGAUACACACAGUCAAGCAACAGCAUAUGCAAAACUCGCUGAAAUCACAUUAUCAAAACCCAAGUAUGAAAACUGCGAAGCUCUGGAUGAGCUUCCUGAUAAAUUUGGUAAUCUUGUGCUUCCAGUCUCUGCUAAAAGUGCAGGUCUGUUGCCUGAUCAUGCAGCUGAAGCAAAGGGAUCUGACAUUGUGCUAGAAGCUAUUAUAGAGGCAGAUGUGGCACAAAAUGCAAAGAAGUUUUUCUCACAGCCCCAAAAUCAAAUGAAAUGUGAAUAGAGGUGUUAGGAACUGGAAACAGGAAUAUCAAGUUAAAUUCUGGGGUAAUCAAAGACACAGAUUCACCAUCUCUACAGGGGAAGAGUACCCAUUAGAGUUGAAGUAUCUCUGAGGAAUGGAAAGAACUCUGCAUAUGAAAAAAGUUUCUAAGCAGUGAGAUAAGGCAAUGUUUCGAGGAGCGCUAAGAAAACUGUAGGUGGACAAGGAAGACCAGAUGCCUAGGUGUAGCUUCUUAGCUGGGUCUACUAGUAGUUAGGCAGGGAUCUUAAAACUGUCAGUUAUAUACUCAUUCUCAUAUGUAAUUUUUUUUGCUGUUUUAUUUCUAUCUUCUUAUUAAUAUUAUAAAGAAAUCAUUAUAUUUCUCCAAUACAGUCAUGUUAUAUUGUCAAAAACUGAAAGCGAUACUAUCAACAUGACCAGAAAGCACCUUUUUUUUCCUAUUC